AUAAGUAUGUAAAGUGCCAAUUUAAGUCAUGCAUUUAUCAUAUAGCGUGUCCGCUGACCAUUGAUUUACGGAUCACAUCUAUUACAAACAAUAUCUUUUUUCGCUCGAAAUUAUAAAUUUUGUGAAUUAUUCAAUAUUAUUGUAUUACAAUGUCUUUCUUGAAAAAAGUUGUCCUUAUAACAGGGGCCAGUUCAGGAAUUGGAGCUGAAACAGCUAUUCAUCUGGCUCAGCUUGGUGCAUCACUGUCGAUAACAGGACGUAAUAAGCAUAGUUUAGACAAGGUAGCUGAACAAUGUGGACAACCCAAGCCGUUUGUCAUAAUAGGAGAUCUAACUAAUGAGAAUGAUGUGAAAAAUAUUAUCGACUUGACAAUCAAGCAUUAUGGAAAAUUAGAUGUUUUAGUUAAUAAUGCUGGAAUUUUUGAAUUAGGUGGUAUAGAGACUGCAAGUUUGGAACAGUAUAACAAUAUUUUCAACGUAAACGUUCGGUCAAUAUUCCAAUUGACUGUGUUGGCAGUACCACAUUUAAUCAAAACGAAAGGCAACAUUGUAAAUAUUUCAAGCGUAGUUGGAUUACUACCAUUGAGGAAUAGCCUGAUAUAUUGCAUGAGUAAGGCGGCUUUGGAUCACUUUACGCGUUGCGUUGCUUUAGAACUGGGAUUACGACAGGUGCGUGUGAAUGCCGUAAAUCCUGGCGUUGUAAAAACACAUAUCUUUCGGAACUGUGAAAUGAACCAAGAACAGCUUAAAAUCUUUUUCGAGAAGUUAAAAGAAUGGCAUGCUUUAGGAAGAAAUGGCGAUGCUUUAGAAAUCGCAAAAACCAUUGCAUUUUUAGCCAGUGACGAUGCUAGUUUCAUAACAGGAGUGACAUUAUCUGUGGAUGGAGGUAUGCAUAUUAUGUCACCUGCUAUUCCGUCAUUUGUAUAAAGAAAAAGUAUGUUAUAUUAUUUUUUUAUGGCUGGAUUUCCCAUGGAAUACCAAUAUUUUCAAAAUUAUGAAAAAUCAGAAAAUUUAUUUUAAAUAUUUUAUGAAAAAAGAUAAUUACUAUAUAACAGAAGAAUCCGUAAGAAAAUAAAAUUUUAAUAUAUUUUUUAUUAUAACAGAAGAUAAUAAAAGAAUCUUUUAAAUUAAAAGACCAUUUGAGAUUAGAAUAACAGUUCAUUUUACGAAAAAUUGUUCCAUGAGGAACGAAGCCAUCAAAAAAUCGAAACGUAAAAAGUAAUCAUAGUAACAAAAAAUUUAAAUAAUUUUCAAUAAAAUUGAUUUUUGAAGUAAAAGUAUUUAUUUUUUUCUAUAACAAUUUAAGUGAUAAGAACAUGAUAAUAUUAUAAGGAUUCUUAAAACUAUAUUUUUAUCUGUAAUUUGCGCAGAAUACAUACACCUUGUUGAAAAUCCUUAAAUAAAAUCCUUAUUAUAUCUAAAAGCUGAAAAGUCUAGUUAUUGUACAGCAAGUCCACAUCUAAUAAAAUCACUAGAAUUAUAAAGUACCGCAAACUUACCUCCAUUUUGAUGUAAAACGCGGUCAUUUUUAAACUUAUGUAUUUGUAUAAAUGUAUUUUAUUGGGAAAAUAAAGCCGUAAAAUAUGUAAACCAA